AUGGCCUGCGCUGCCCGUGUAUCCGUCACAACUGCUACAGCCAGACUCAUGCCGUUCGCCUCGUCACUGUCGCUGCACCGCGCAAUCGACUACGCGCUGCGGCUGCAUGCUGCGGUUGAGCGUGGCGCUAGCCGCGAUAUCGCCCACGAGCAAGCGGUGCUCACAAACCUAGCGCUUGAUACGCCCGGCUGCGACCUGCCGGGGCAGUGCCGGGGCGCCCGUUACGCGCUGGUUUGCUGGCUCGACGAACUCUUCACUUGCCACUCUCGCUGGGCCGACGCCUGGAACGAAGGCAAGCUCGAAUCCACCCUCUACGGCGGCAAUGACCGGGCGUGGGAGUUCUGGCGUCAGGCCAAGCUCGCCGACGCCGAACCCAACGACGAUUCCCUUGCGGCCUUUUACUUGUGCGUUGCGCUCGGCUUCCGCGGCGAAUUACGGAACCAGCCCGAGCGGCUCGCCGCUUGGGUCGAGAAGGCAAAAUCACGCGUCGCUCGCGGCGCCACACCGGCCUCGCAGACGACACGGAUCGCACGUCGAUCCCGCCCCUCCAAUCGGCUGUGGGGCAAGACCCGGCUCCGGCGGUUCGUGACGUUUGCCACGAUCGCUGCAACGGUGCUGCUGCCGCUAAAGAUUGCCCUCGGUGUUAUUAAGUCGGCCUUUACGCCACUAGCGGGCGGUAAAGUGACGGGCGUCGCUCAUGCGUUGCUCGUCGUCGUGACACUGGUAGGACUCUGGCAACUAAAUCUGUGGUUGGGUAUUGACCAAGUGGUGCACGCUCCCUCCCGACUGGUGCGGGAAUGGUGGCUGCCGCUGCUGUUCUUACUCGGCUACGGCUUGAUUUGGAUUUCUCUCUGGACCUGGCGCGCCUUCAGCGAGCCGACAGCGGGUUCUCCGUUCCCCGAUAUCGAUGACGCUUGGCGUGCCGUCGUAUCAGCGAUGGAACGCUGGGGCGCUGACCGCCGCGACAAGCCGCUGGUCCUCGUCUUGGGCCAACCCUCGAUGCGUGAGCAAGACCUCCUUUCAGCGCUGAGGGUGGCUCCGACGUUUGGGCCAGCGCCUUCAGCGUCUGGCGGGCCGUUGUGCGUCGUCGCCGAUGACCGCGCUACCUACCUGUUGUGCUCAGAAACGUCGCUGCUAUCGCUCGGAACAGAGAAGCUGAUUCAACGCCGCACUACGCAAAGCAGUCGGAAACUCACGGCAGCGGCUUCGGCGUUUGAAGCGUCGAUGCCCGCCGCCUUGCGUGUCGAAGCGAAUGGCGAUGACUCUACCGGGACCGCCACGCUCGUCGCCCCGGCGAUAACUCAGACACCGUUUGACGACUCCAUCGCUGACGACCUCCCGUCGACGCCACUGUUUACCGAUGAGCAGGCGUCUCGCUGCGCCGGCCGGCUCAGCCAUUUGCUGCAACUCGUGGCCCGCGAUCGUGAGCCAGGAUUGCCGGUUGAUUCGGCAGCGGUGGUUUUCCCCUGUGACGCCCUCGCCGACACCGACGCGACUGCCCAGAUGGCGGACGCGAUGCGGCAGGACCUUGUAGUUGUCGAAGAGGCCGGAGUGCGCUGCGGCGUCAUCGCGAUCGGCGCUGACCUACAACACGUGCCCGGCGCCGGGCAGCUCUUGCACUUACUCUCCGCCGACCGCAAAGCUCGUGUCUACGGCGCCAAGCUGCCGCAUGACGCCCUGACCUCCGAGUCGGCGUUGCGAGACGCGGUGGAUUGGCUGACCGGAGCCGUGACGCCAACCCUCUGUCAGCGGCUGUUCCAGUUCGAUGAGGACGGCUUUGAGUCGUUGCCCGACAACGCGGCUCUGCACGCCUUCCAGAGUGAGGUGGGUCGCCGUGGCGAGCACUUGGCCAACUUGCUGACUCAGGGCCUCGAUACCGGCAGCGGCGAUGCCUGGCCGUGCGUGGGGACCUAUUUGGUCGCUACUGGCGAUCCCGUCGGUGGCAGCCAGGCGUUUGGAGCCGGACUGUUAGAUAGCCUGCUCGAUUCGCCCGUACGCGCCGCCUGGACCAAGGAAGCCCUGCAGCGAGACGCGCUCGUGACCCGCAGCGUCGCCAUCGGAUACGCCGCCUUCGGCAUCGCGACAUUAACUGUCAUCGGACUGCUUGCUUUCUGA